AGGAACUGCGUCACUUCCGUAAACACAACAUACUGAAAUGCUGAACAGGAGGGUUUCCUACUGUGUUAACACGUUUGGCAGCAUUUCAGUAUUUUGAACGUGUAAGAUGUCUCAGUCUUAUUCAUCCUCCAAAAGCCCCAAAGUCUCUGGAGAUCCCAGUGAGGGAGAAAAGCCUAAAAAUGCUGGAAAGAGUUCAGAUCAAACUGAAUUUGAGAGCAAAAAUCCAGAUAAAUGUUUAAGGGAAAAGGUUUUAAAGGAGGUAGGACUCACCAGCACCGCCUUCAUUGGUCCUGCAUUUCCUCCACAAGCACCCUCAGCCAAGUCUGACAUUGAAGACUCAUUAAGUAUGUUUUAUAAAGAGCUUGAAAAGAUUGACACACCAAAUGAGCACAGGGAUAAUCCAGAAAAGGAUGUUCAGCCUAACCACAGUCUGCGUCAACCACCAACCAGCAAAGACUCCCAGGAUGUACCUGAUGGGGAAAGGAUCUCAGUGCAAAGUUAUGCAGAAAAAAAUGGUAACCAAAGCAACAGUGGAACGACUACAUCCUGUUGGGCUCAUUGGGAUCAAAAUGAACCAUAUCAGCUCAAAAAUCAGAGGCGUGCAGGGAAUGAGUGGGAUUAUACUCAUCCACAAAAUGGGCCACCAUAUCCUAGAUUUCAGAGACCACAAUUCCCUCACCAAUCACACCAUUCUGCAUACUCGCCUCCACAGAACACUCGAGAACCCUUCGAGAUUAACCCAAACCAGCAUCAAAAUAGUUAUUAUCCAACAUUUUCAAGCUUUCGACCUCCAAACGCGUCCGCCCCUCCCUCUCACAGCUUUCACGAAAACCCUCAGCAGCACUUUGAUUGGAAUGAACCUUGUUUCUAUGAAACAAAUUCAAAUGAUGUAGCUGUAAGGUGGCCUGAAGACCAAAGAGAAGGAUUGGCGCAUGGUAAUGACUACGGCAGGCCGCAGAGAUUUCUUUCUGAAAAUAAACCAUGGGAACAACCGGGUCGCUACCACUCCAAUGAAAAGAGGUGUGAAUAUCGGUACGGUUUGGUACUGAUCUUGAUGAGGGGGUUACCAGGAUCUGGGAAAACAACACUUGCCAGAGAGCUACUCUCAUCUGGCCCAAGUGGAAUAAUUCUGAGCACAGAUGAUUACUUUGCUGAAAAAGAAGGCUACCGCUAUGAUCCAGGGCUUCUAGGAGCAGCACAUGAAUGGAACCAGAACAGAGCCAAAGAUGCCCUGCAUGAUGGUCGGUCUCCUAUCAUUAUCGACAACACAAAUCUGCAAGCCUGGGAAAUGAAGCCGUAUGUUGAAAUGGCCUUGGAGAGAGGAUACCGAGUGGACUUUUGUGAACCUGACACCCGCUGGAAAUUUGAUCCUUAUGAACUGGAGAAGAGGAAUAAACAUGGCGUUCCUCAGGAAAAGAUUGCUCAGAUGAUGGAUCGCUUUUCGUCUCCAAUCUCCAUAGACAUCGUCAUGAGCUCCCAGGAACCAGCUCAUGUCAACCAGAGGCGUCGGCCAGAGCAGCCGCACAUCAGGAAAAAAAUGCGUUAUUGUUAAUUUCUUUUUUCUUUCUUACAGGGAAUAGACAGCUAAUUGAUUUGACCUCUAGAUCAAGACUUUCAGAACAUUUUUAUAGUCAUGUAAAUACUUAUUUUUGUGAUUUACAGUUUUUAAUUUAUUACUAGAAAUUUAUAUGAAAAUAAAAAGAUAUAUUUUUAAAGUAAUUAUUUUUAUUUUUUUGGCAUCAAAGGGGAUCAGCCUUUUUUUUUUUUUCUAAAUUUUUUAUUGAAAGUCAUAUUUCACACUUUUGUCAACGGUAUGUACAUUUUAUAAAAUACACAGCUGUGUUGUUGAUGGCAUGGUUUCUGUUAACUUUUUAUUUUUCCUUGUUAAAUUACUGGUGCUGCUUU